AUGACUUCGUUCGGAUAUGAUCAGUUCGUGGCCUUCGGAUCCGACAGUGCCGGGCUCGAGCGCAUUCUCCGCGGCCUCCAAGCCCUCACCGCAAUCUUUGGCGCGUACCCGUCCCUCGUCUCCCUUCUCCUCCUGGCCCCGGGCGCUCCGUACCCGCCCUUCCUCGAGGCCCUCGGCCCGUUACGGGGCCACCUGAACCUGACCCGCCGCUUCAUCCGCUUCUUCUGGUUUCUCAACUCCUUCGGCGCGUCGUACAACAUAUACACCUCCACCCCGUCGUCAUCGUCACCGGUCCCGCCCGCAGGCACCCCACAGGGUAAAAACGGCGGCGGCGUCGCCGUUGGCCUCGAGACAUGGCUCGACAUCCUCCGGUUCACUCUCCUCGGUCUCUACGGCGGCCUCGAGUCCCUGACGCUUCCGGACCUGCUGGGCGUCCCCCGGCUCGAGUUCUUCGGCGCCGAGCGCACGGCGGCGCUCAACGUCGAGGCCCAGCGGUUCUGGCUGCUCGCGCUGGCGUGCGGCGUGCUGGCGAACCUGACGCGGAUGCUGAAGGCGUUUGCGUAUGCGCCCGUGCCGCAGCACGGGCACGGGUACGGCACCGGUGAGGAGGCCGGGAAGGACGGUGACAAGAAUGCCGGAGAGAAGAAGGAGAAAGAUGGGGAGAAGCAGGACGGAGACGGCGAGGAGCCGCUGGAUUGGGAGGCGGAGCGUGCUCGUCUCAGGGCCAUCGUGGUCAAGAGGCGGGAGGAGAGGAAGAGGUGGAGGCGGCACGUGGCCUUCCAGGUCAAGUCGCUCGGGCGGAAGGUCUUUUCGGACUCGUUGGACUGCCUCAUCCCCGGCGUCGUCCUGGGCUGGGUGAACGUCCAGCCGGGCACCGUGGGCGUCGCCAUGCUUGUCACGACUGUCCUGACGAGCAAGGAUAUCUGGGAGAGGUGCGGUGCUGCGGUCGCGGCAAAGAGGGCUUCUUAG